AGGUAAACUAGUCACUGCAACUGUAGCAAAAGAUAAUGGUGCCAUGAUAUGAACUGUUAAAUUUGCACUAUUUAUUAAAGGAAAAUUGACAUUAUUUCUCUGCAUUUAAUAUGAUUUCAUUCCCAUGCAAGUUGCAACUAUAUGAAUGAAUAGCUCAAAUAAUUGGUCCUGGUCAAGCAGCCUAAGUACCAUUUUUCCUUCCCACCGUAAUGACAGGAUAAUAUUACUGUAUUUUCUUUCAAGUAGGCCCGUGCCCAACAGAAAUGGCAUCGAGCAUAUAUAAUAGGUCGAGGGUUCAAGUUUCAUGUAGAUUUGUCAAAUCGUAACUUAUAAGUUACACAAACGUGUCACCUCUGUUUUUCUUUGCUUCACUCUGUACUUGACCCACGAAGACCGCGAAUAGCAGCAUGAAAUCGUCAAAGCAAAUCAAGACAGCUCUCUUAUCUGUAAAGAUCACAGCCGUGUAAUCCUACCAAAUCAGACUCACCCUGUUAAAUGAUUUGCCCAGGUCAACCAGCCUGUAGACUCAUAAUGCAUAUUCUUUUAAGUAGGUCACUGUGUUAACUACAAUCAGUGAAGGAAAGACCAGAACAAUGGAAACAUUUAGUGUUCUUUUGUUUUGCUCCACCUUAUUCUCUACCUACAUGUUUUCUGCAUCAAUUGACACCAUUAGACUACAUGAGUCCAUUAAAGAUGGUGACACCAUUGCAUCCCCUCGUGGAGAAUUUGAACUUGGAUUUUUCAGCCUGGGGAGUUCCAGGGAUCGGUAUUUAGGUAUCUGGUACAGGAAAAUAUCAUAUGGAACAGUUGUAUGGGUAGCUAACAGGGAAACUCCGCUUAGGAAUGCUUUCGGUGUGGUAAGAGUUGAUGGCAAUGGAAUAAAAUUGCUGAGUACUAGUGAAAGUGAACAAGUUGUUUGGUCAUCGAAUACGUCUAGAUUGGUGAAGAAUCCUACUGCACAGCUACUGGAUACCGGGAAUUUGAUCAUAAGAGAUGAGGAUGGCAUGGCUGGAGGAGAUUUCAUAUGGCAGAGUUUUGAUUAUCCAGGAAAUACUUUGCUGCCAGGCAUGAAAUUUGGUUUCGAUUUGGUGACUGGCAUAGACAGGUACUUCACAUCAUGGAAAAGUCUUGAAGAUCCAUCUGCAGGUAGUUAUACUAACCGGCUUGAUCAUGCUGGUUAUCCGCAGUUACUUCUGUGGCGAGGUUCAGUGGUUUGGUCCAGGACUGGACCAUGGGUUGGUUGUCAGUUCAGUGGGAAUCCUAAUAACUAUCCAAAUGGAAUUUAUACAGACAACUUUGUGUUCAAUGACAAGGAGAGGUAUUAUAAGUUUGAUCUCGUGAAUAAAAGUACUUCUGCCAUUGUGAGGUUUUUGCUGCAUCCUAAUGGAGUCUCCAACGUUUUGUUGUGGAAUGCUCAGAAUGAAAAUUGGAUGGUUUUGGUCACUCUACAGGUCAGUGAUUGUGAUCGUUAUGGUUUGUGUGGCACGAAUGGUAUCUGUAACAUUAACAAUUCACCGAGAUGUGAGUGUUUAAGAGGAUUUGCUCCUCGGUUCCCAGACAAGUGGAAGACACUGGACUGGUCUAAUGGUUGUGUCCGCAAAAAGUCAUUAGCUUGUGUGACUGGAGAAGGUUUUGUGAAACACUCAGGCGUGAAGUUGCCUGACACAAGAUAUUCAUGGUAUACCAUGAAAAUGAGCCUUGAGGAAUGCCAGAAGUUGUGCUUAAAGAACUGCUCAUGUACAGCAUACGCGAAGGCUGAUAUCAGAAAAGGCGGAAGUGGAUGCUUCUUAUGGUUUAAUGGCCUGAUUGAUAUCAGAGGCUACACUGAAGAUGGGCAAGAUAUCUACAUAAGAAUGGCGGCAUCUGAAUUAGAGGCAACACGGGGAACCAGAGAAGAGAGGCAAAUAUGGAUCAUCGCGGUUUCUGCAGUACUAUUUGUACUGCUUGCUGCAGUAUCCGUGUUCAUACUAAAGAAGAGAAAGCUGAAGACUAGAGAAAAGUUGAAAUUCAUUUCAGAAAGUGUUGCCCUAACCAAGAUUGAGCACGAGGAGUUGGACUUGCCACUGAUCAGCUUUGAGAUUAUUGAAAAGGCGACAUAUACAUUCUCCGACAACAAUAAGCUUGGAGAGGGCGGCUUCGGACCUGUCUACAAGGGAUUGUUGGAUAACGGACAAGAGAUAGCUGUGAAGAGGCUUUCGAAGAAUUCAGGACAGGGAUUGGAGGAAUUUAAGAACGAAGUUUCGUGCAUAGCAAAACUCCAGCACAGAAAUCUUGUGGCACUUCUUGGCUGCUGCGUCGAAAACGGGGAAAGAAUUCUGAUCUAUGAGUACAUGCCUCACAAAAGCUUAGAUUUCUUCAUCUUCGGCGAAGAAAAGGCGAAAAUGGACUGGCCAAAACGAUAUGACAUAAUAGUAGGCAUUGCUAAAGGACUUCUUUACCUUCAUCAGGAUUCAAAACUACGGGUUAUUCAUAGAGAUCUCAAAGCCAGCAAUAUAUUACUUGAUCACGAGAUGAAUCCGAAAAUUUCAGACUUUGGCCUUGCCAGAAGUUUCGAAGGAAGCAUAACCGGAGCAAACACAUCAAGGGUCGUUGGGACAUAUGGUUACAUGUCUCCUGAGUAUGCUAUUGACGGGCUAUUCUCGAUUAAAUCUGAUGUUUAUAGUUUCGGUGUUUUACUCAUAGAGAUAGUGACAGGAACAAAAAACAGACUGUUUAGUCAUCCUGAUCACAGCUUAAACCUUAUCGGACAUGCAUGGAUGAAAUACAAAGAAGACGCGCUUAUGGGACUAGUUGAUGAGGUGAUAUUGGAAACAAGCAACCAGUACGAAGUGUUUCGAGUUGUUCAAAUAGGAUUAUUGUGCGUUCAAGAAGAUCCGAUAGAGAGGCCAGUUAUGUCGCAGGUGGUGCUAAUGUUGAGCUCUAAAAUGAAACUACCUCACCCUAAGCAACCUGGUUUUUUCAUGGAGAGAAAAUUUGGUGUGGGCUUGGGCAAACAUUUAUGCAGCAGCUCGACGUUGUCUUCAUCAAACCACUUGAGCAUCACCACAGACUUGCCAAGAUAGUGGUGUGGUACACUCAGUGACGAACGUCUACAAUUAUUUUAGAUAUAAAUGUUAAGAAAUGUUUUAUACCUGUUAUUUAGCACAAAAGUAAGGACUUAUUUCAGAAAACAACACAAUUUCAUGUA